CACCUGGCGGCUUGUGCUGUUCGCACCCGUGACGAUUCCGCUGACGCGCCACUAGCCGCAGCACCCAGGAGACAAGACAGGAGCGCUGUGAGCGACUGAACGAUCAAGGCACUGACUUCAAGACGGUCUCUCUUUCUUUGCUCCUUCCUUGACGACCGUGCACCGACGCCUGCUGUUGUGUAGUUCUCGCGGACGAUAAUUAACCAGAGACAGCAAUUCACCAGUAGCAUCAUCCAAGCUCUUCGGCAGAGAUGGAGGUACCAAGCUUGGCGCACAGCAUCAGCCCAUUAAGUCCAUGCGAGGGCAUGAUCAAGGACCUGAGCUUGGACGCCAUACAGUUGUGCGAACGAGAUGGAAGUAAAUCCCAGGACGGCAGCAUCUCUGAGAUGGAGGAGCUCCCUGUUCCUCAGCACAUCAAGAUCAGCAACAUCACCUGCGACUCCUUCAAGAUUUGCUGGGACAUGGAGCCGUGCAGCAAGGAGCGCAUCACACACUACUUCAUUGACCUGAACAAGAAGGAGAACAAAAACUCAAACAAGUUCAAACACAAGGAUGUCCCUACCAAGCUGGUGGCCAAAGCAGUUCCCCUACCCAUGACGGUUCGAGGCCACUGGUUCCUGAGUCCACGCACAGAGUACACUGUGGCUGUCCAGACUGCAUCAAAACAGACUGAUGGGGACUACUCCGUCUCUGAGUGGAGUGAAAUCAUUGAGUUCUGCACUGCUGACUAUUCCAUGGUGCAUCUAAACCAGCUGUUGGAAAAGGCAGAGGCCAUCGCCGGCCGGAUGCUGCGUUUCUCUGUCUUCUACAGGAACCAGAACAAGGAGUACUUUGACCAUGCCAGGGAGGUGCAGGGAAACCAGACUGCUAGCCACGGCUCACCCAUCAGUGGAAAGCUGGAGGGCAUUUUUUUCUGCUGCAACACCGAGUUCAACACAGGCAAGCCUCCACAGGACUCCCCUUAUGGCCGCCACCGCUUUGAAGUUCGGGCAGAUGCACUCUUCAACCCCAACACCAACUUGUAUUUUGGAGAUUUCUACUGCAUGUAUACAGCCUACCACUAUGUUAUUCUGGUCCUGGCACCAAAGGGCUCCAGGGGUGAUGAUUUCUGUAAGCAGAGGCUUCCGGCACUUGACAUCGGCAACAACCGUUUCCUCACCUGCAAGCAGGAUGAAGAGGGUGAUGGCGGCCUGGUGUUUCAUCAUGCCCAGGAUGUCAUCCUAGAGGUGAUCUACACAGAGCCUGUAGACCUGGCAUUGGGCACGGUGGCUGAGAUCAGUGGGCACCAGCUGAUGAGUUUGUCCACAGUAAAUGCCAAGAAGGACCCCAGCUGCAAGACCUGCAAUAUCAGUGUGGGACGCUAAGAAAAGGCAGAAUGUAGAAGAGGAAGGGAAGGACUAGAGGUGACUGUACACAGGAAAUCCACAUGUACUGAUAAAGCAGACCAACACAUGCAUGAAGCAGCAAAUUUAGUAGGCUCCCAGACAUGCACCAACGUAUCUGACACCGCUCUGUACUCUCAGAAGACCAUCAUUCCCAAAGAAGAGUCGAGGAAAAAGAGGAAGGUAUGCACACUCUGACACCUGCACCAUUGUUUUGUCAUCCUUAAAGGGUAACCCUAAUUAAUCAAAGUAUACUUUAAAACGUACUUGACGAUAUGUUAGGGACCACCAACAGAGAAAUCAGGACCUGGGACGUCAACAAACCCUUUAAACCGUACCAACAAACAUGGGCUGCUUUUCUUCAAUUUCCUGUUAUUUUAUACAGUUGUCCCAUAUUUUGUUAAUGACCUUUGCCUUGUUAUUAUUGAUAUGCUGUUGAUAGAACAAUCCACAAUCUGUGUGGACUCGUAUUUUGUUGUUUCUAGAAGUGUUUUGUUCUCAUUCCACAGUAGACAAAAUCUUUUAUUUCUUAAAUCCUCCUACUAGUGGUACAGACUGGUACUAGGGCUGCAGAGGAUCCAGCAGGGGUAAACAAUCCUGGUCCUCAAGUGCAGCUGCCCUGCUUGUUUUCCAACUAUCCCUGACCUACCCACUGCUGAUUACCUGGAUCAAGUGUGUUAAGUCUGAUACCAAUUCACUACUUUCAUCUAAAAUGGUGUCUUCCAGCUUUUGGUUGACUGAACACCCUUGAUCCAGGUAAUCAGCAGAAGGUAGGUCAGGGAUA